AACAUGGCUGAAGCUCAAGUGGGCUCUGGGAAGGUGACUCUCUUCCGUCAAGAAGCACCCGGGGGCAUCACCUACCGCAUCCCGGCCUUACUGUACCUGCCCCACAAGUCGGUGUUCCUGGCUUUCGCAGAGAAGCGCUCAUCGUUCAAGGAUGAAGAUGCUGAAUUCCUGGUGAUGAGACAAGGCCGUAAAGAGGGGGUGACUGUCCAGUGGGGACCUCAGGAGCCCCUGACGACUGCCAUUUUGCCUGGCCAUCGUACCAUGAACCCUUGCCCCGUGUAUGAGAAGAAGAACAGCAGAGUUUUCCUGUUCUUUAUCUGCGUCCGGACACACGUCACCGAAUGGCAGCAGAUCAGGUCAGGGAGGAACGCCGCCAGGCUGUGCUACAUCUCUACCCAAGAUGGCGGCCACACCUGGAGCCAGUUGACGGAUUUGACCCGUGAGGUGAUCGGAGAUGACUUGAGAAACUGGGCCACCUUUGCCGUCGGGCCGGGCCACGGGUUGCAGACGAGCUCCGGACGCCUGGUGAUUCCAGCUUACACCUAUUAUAUCCACAAACGUUGCUUCGGCCAUUCUCUCCUGUGCUGGACCAAGCCUCAUUGCUUCAUUUUCUACAGCGAUGACCUUGGGCAGAAGUGGAUCCAGGGGCAACUCCUCAAGAAUUUGAGGACAACAGAGUGCCAAGUCGCGGAAGUGUCCUGCCGGGGCAAGUCCCAAGUCCUGUACUGCAGCGCCCGCAGUCCGGACAAGAGCCGCGUCGAGGCCUUCAGUACGGACCGUGGAGACCGAUUUGAGGAGUAUUUCCUCUGCAAGGAACUCUGUGAGCCACCCAAUGGCUGCCAGGGCAGCGUGGUGAGCUUCACCCCAACUCUGCAGUCCUCGGAGCUCGGCCGAAUAAAAAAUACAGGUGAAACGACUCACCUGUCGGGCAUUCACUUCCCCUCGGCCUCUGUCGAGAACUCCGGGUCGUGGCUUGUUUUCUCCCACCCCACGAACCGAUGCAAACGGAUCAAUCUGGGCAUCUACCUCAACACCUCCCCGCUUGACAAGGGCUUCUGGAAGCCCCCCUGGAUGCUCUACGAAGGGCCCUGCGGCUACUCGGACCUGGCCGUCUGUGAGGAGGGCCCGUCGCUCCUCUUUGGUUGCUUGUUUGAAUGCGGCGUGUCCAGCGAAUGUGAGGAGAUUGCCUUCCAGCUCUUCACCGACACUGAGCUCCUGAGGAAUGUGGGGGAAGGCUGUCCUUGCGCGACCUCUUCUUCAGAAGAGCAGCUGCUCUAA